AUGAGAGAUGUCAUAUUGAAGAGCAUCACAAUGAGGAUUCUUUUGUGUGGAAACAAUUGGGGAAUCGUCCCGAGACGAUUCCUUAAAACAAUGCGAUCGUACGAUGUACGCGAGUCGUUUUUGAAGUACUUCAUCGCCAGAGGACAUACGCAUGUGCCAUCCACAUCAAUUGUACCCGUCGAUGACCCAUCGCUACUGUUCGUGACGGCUGGAAUGAAUCAGUUUAAAUCGAUUCUGUUGGGUGGAAACGAUGCGAACGAUCGUCGUCGUCGUCGUCUUGUUGAUGAGAAAGGAGAACCACUGAAACGAGCCGUGAAUUCGCAGAAGUGCUUUCGUGCCGGUGGUAAACACAACGAUCUAGCGGACGUUGGACAAGACACUACUCAUCAUACAUUCUUUGAGAUGUUAGGCAAUUGGUCAUUUGGUGAUUACUUCAAACGAGAGGCAUGCCACUUUGCAUGGGAGUAUCUCACUGAAGUGUUGGAGCUUCCAGCUGAUCGUAUUUAUGUGACUUAUUUUGGUGGCGAUAAACGUCUAGGAUUACAAGAGGACGUGGAAUGUCGCGAGAUCUGGCGCAGUAUCGGGGUGAAUCGCCGUCGAAUUCUGCCGUUCGAUGGGAAGGAUAAUUUUUGGGAGAUGGCCGAUACGGGUCCGUGUGGUGAAUGCUCAGAGAUACAUUUCGAUACGAUCGGCGAUCGUGAUGCAUCACAUCUG